UGGAUAUCACCCCCGAUGACCCUCGGUGGAUCGGCGCGUGGUGGGCAGGCUUCUUGCUGUGUGGUGCCUUACUUUUCUUCUCGUCCCUCUUGAUGUUUGGAUUCCCGCAGUCCCUGUCCCCCACGGUGGAGCACGUGGUGGAGAGCGAGCAAGCCAUGCUCCCUGAACGGGACUACGAGAGGCCCAAGCCAAGCAAUGGGGUCCUGAGGCACUCGCUCGAAGGGGAGGACAGUGCCUCCUGCCUCCAGCAGCUGAGAGUGAUACCUAAAGUAACAAAGCACUUGCUGGCCAAUCCUGUCUUCACCUGCAUCGUACUUGCUGCCUGUAUGGAGAUUGCUGUGGUCGCUGGCUUUGCAGCCUUCCUGGGGAAGUACCUGGAACAGCAGUUCAACCUCACCACCUCAUCAGCCAAUCAGCUCUUGGGGAUGACAGCGAUCCCAUGUGCAUGUCUGGGCAUAUUCCUGGGCGGUCUCCUGGUGAAGAAGCUCAGCCUGUCUGCUCUAGGAGCCAUCAGGAUGGCCAUGCUCGUUAACCUGGUGUCCACAGCGUGCUAUGUCUCUUUCCUAUUCCUGGGCUGCGACACGGAGCCUGUAGCUGGGGUUACUGUUCCCUAUGGAAACAACUCAGCUCCGACCUUGCCCUUGGACCCAUAUUCCCCCUGCAAUAUCAACUGUGAAUGCCAAACCGAUUCCUUCACUCCAGUUUGUGGGGCAGAUGGGAUCACCUACUUGUCCGCCUGCUUCGCGGGCUGCAGGAGCACGAAUCUCACUGCCUGCUCAUGCCUCAGUUUGGUCCCUGCCGAGAACGCUACAGUAAUGCACGGAAAAUGCCCCAGUCCUGGUUGCCAAGAGGCCUUCUUGACAUUCCUCUGCGUGAUGUGUGUUUGCAGCAUGAUUGGAGCCAUGGCGCAGACGCCGUCAGUUAUCAUACUCAUCAGAACAGUGAGCCCUGAACUUAAGUCUUAUGCUUUGGGGGUGCUUUUCCUGCUGCUCCGUUUGCUAGGUUUUAUCCCACCACCUUUGAUCUUUGGGGCUGGAAUUGACUCAACAUGUCUGUUCUGGAGCACGUUUUGUGGCGAGCAAGGAGCCUGCGUAUUGUAUGACAAUGUCGUCUAUAGAUACCUGUAUGUUAGCAUUGCUAUAGCCCUGAAAUCUUUCGCAUUCAUCUUAUACACAACCACCUGGCAGUGCUUGAGGAAAAACUAUAAAAGAUACAUCAAGAACCAUGAAGGCGGGCUCAGCACUAGUGAAUUCUUUGCCUCCACUCUCACCCUAGACAAUCUGGGGCGGGACUCUGUGCCCCAAAACCAAUCACAGAGGACAAAAUUUAUCUAUAACCUUGAAGAUCACGAAUGGUGUGAAAACAUGGAGUCUGUUUUAUAGUGACUAAGGAUGGAUGAACUCUAUAUUAAUAAUAUAUGGGUCCUUUUUAAUUAAAAGAGAGAGAGAGAAUAAAAUUUAAAAAACAGGAGACUUUUGUCCUUUUCUCAAAAACCAGAGCCAAGGAUUCAGAAUAACAAAAUCUUUAAAUGGGAUCAUUUUUGAAAUCCUGUCGGAGUGCUGAAGAGAACACAAAACCACUCCGGCUGGGUACCAGCCCCUGUGAUGAUGGUACAAUCUUCCAGGAUAGAAUCACCUGCCAGGGCAUUGGGAGCUGCAAACCCAGGGUUUUGUGGAAGACCUCAUCAGAUGGACAUUCUUGGGCACCUGGUAAGAAGAAACAAGCAAAUAACGGCAAUUCCAGAAUAAGCGUUUGUGACACUGCAUGCCAUUAGGGAUCGGUGCAGCCCUGUCACCUCUGCAAUAUGGGCUAAAGAGUUAGCCAGUCUGGGUGCUGCUCAAGUCCAAUGCACUCUCUCAAUGAUGUCAAAGAGGGAACAGUGCUGGAGUUAUUAAACUACUUACACUCUGUCACCAGCCAUGAUUCCAUGUUAGAUACUUUGAAUGCUGCCGUAUACCCUCUAGCCAGCACACAUUGAUGGUCAAAGGCUCCACUGUCCUUCCAGCAGAUCUCAGAUUUCGGUUCUCUGUGAAUGGCUGUGCUCAGAUCUUUAAAACCCAGUAAAGUUCAAGUCAUUUGCUUACACUUGCCAAAUGUUCUGUCAUUUUUUUUAAACUCCAAACAUUUGCCUGUAUAAUCCUUUGAAGAUUUUUUUAAACUACUUUCAAAUCUAUAUUAACCCUUAAAUCACCAACAAUGUUCUAUAGGGGGAAUUUAUUAUACCAAUUGCAUUUUUUUUUUCAGUUUCUUUUCAAUACGCCACAAAAUCAUGCGAGGGAUUCAGCUAAUCCAGUGCAUUUUUUUUUUAAGUCUGUAUGCCUUCGUUCUGAUGCACUGUCAAACCAAUGAGGACAUGCAUUAUUAAAAAGAGAUUAAAAGAGAGAGUGAAUGCUCUGUGUCUCUAUGAAAAUAAUUAUCAGUUGGAGAAUUCUAGUAUGAUAUAAUAAUUUACAGAUUAUUUUUUCAUAUGACAUGACUCGGUGAAUACAUAGAUGGAGAGA